ACUUCUAUUCCCAUUGAGGGAGUCCCAGCUGGAGAGUGUGGAGGGAGUUGCCAUGAGGACACAGAUGGAGCAAGAGGACCCAGGGUGAGACGAAGAUGACAGCUGAUAGCAAGAUGUCUUCAGGAAAUGCAAAAAUUGGGCAUCCUGCUCCCAACUUCAAAGCUACAGCUGUUAUGCCAGAUGGACAAUUCAAAGAUAUCAGCCUAAGUGACUACAAAGGAAAAUAUGUUGUGUUCUUCUUUUACCCUCUUGACUUUACUUUUGUGUGUCCCACGGAGAUUAUUGCUUUCAGUGAUAGAGCAGAAGAAUUUAAGAAACUUAACUGCCAAGUGAUUGGAGCUUCUGUGGAUUCUCACUUCUGUCAUCUGGCAUGGAUUAACACACCCAAGAAACAAGGAGGAUUGGGACCCAUGAACAUUCCCUUAAUAUCAGAUCCCAAGCGCACCAUUGCUCAGGAUUAUGGAGUCUUAAAGGCUGAUGAAGGUAUCUCUUUCAGGGGCCUCUUUAUUAUUGACGAUAAAGGUACCCUUCGCCAGAUAACAAUAAAUGAUCUUCCUGUUGGCCGCUCUGUGGAUGAGGUUCUGAGACUAGUCCAGGCCUUUCAGUUCACUGACAAACAUGGUGAAGUGUGCCCAGCUGGCUGGAAACCUGGCAGUGAUACCAUCAAGCCUGAUGUCCAAAAGAGCAAAGAGUAUUUCUCUAAGCAGAAGUGAGCACUAGACCAUUUAUCUGCCAGACAGCAUUGAGCAGCCAGAAGAAAAUCUCUUGUACUCUACUCAUGCUUAAACACAUGUGGUGUGAUUCCAAAUAAGCCUUUUCUACAGGGCUGGGUGUGGCUAGCCUUUCUUCCACUAUUGGUAAUGGUCUGAGCUGUGUUUUGGGCAGACCAUCUUAUAUCAGUCACAGAAACCAACCUGUUAAUUCUUUUUUUUUUUUCCUUUUUUAAAAGUAUUAAACGUGAAUUCUGAGAACUUGGUGAUUCAUUCUUUAAAGGCAACAUUGGAAAUUUUUUCUCAUGAGUGAAUGUGUUUGUGUUAUUUACCAUUUUAAAAAAAGAAUGUUUUCCCAGCAUAUGUACCAUUUACCUGCCUGUUGGAUACCCUGGGAUUUGUGUCAUGGAUUCCUAUGACCCACUAUGUGGGUGCUGGGAAUUAAACCUGGGUCUUCUGCAAGAGCAGCAGGUCUCCUAACCAUUGAGUCAUUUCUCCAGUCCCUUAAUUUUGGAGACAGGAUUGCUCACUGAUCUGGAACUUGAUGUGUAGGUGAGGCUAGUAAGCUCUCAGGAUCUGCUUUUCUAGUGCUGGUUUUAUAAGCAUGGACUACUAUACUUGGCCUUUUGUUUUUCGAGACAGCCUGGCUGUCCUGGGAAUAAAGGUAUGUGCCACCACUGCCA